AUGAAUGUAUACGACACUCGGCUCGACUCGUUUUACAAUUCCUCUGCAAAAUGGCCCCAUUCUCGUAAGCUAGCUGAAAAUCUUGCCCUGUGCGGCUUUUACCUUGUUCGCAAUGGACGUGCUCCCGAUACGGUGCGAUGUUUCCUUUGCAAUGUUGAAUUGAGUGGGUGGAAAAGGUCGAGUGACGCCAAGAAACGACAUGCCAAAGCUUCUCCCAACUGUGCGUGGGUUGUUCUCCAAUACCCUGAUGGUACUCGUAUGCUUGAAACGACGGAUGAUACCCUUCCUCGAAGUCAAGAUAUGCGUACGGCAAGACUAUGGACGUUUUCAAAGAAUGCUUAUUGGCCACCUGCAUCCUACAACAAGAAUCGAUUACCAGCACAAACCAAGUUGGCAGAUGCCGGUUUUUAUUUCUCUCCCACUUUGGAUGCACCCAUCAAAGUCACAUGUCCUUAUUGUCUCGUCUCUAUUACCAAGAUGGAUCGAAGUACAAACCUAGUGAAAAAGCAUGAGGAACUUUCACCCGAUUGUCCAUUCUUCCAAUUCACACCAUCAACACGUCGAAGUGAGAGAAGGAUGGGAUCAUCUACACCAAAGGACAACAAUAACAACACAACAACCGCAUAUUCAGGGAUCAAACGUAAAUCGAGUGCAGUGGAUGAUUCAACUGCAGUACCUGCUGCAAAAGCACCCACACGCCCAAGAUCAGGUCGCCUUACCAGUGGACGUCGACGUACUCGUGCUGAUGAUGAUGUAUCCACAAAACGCCCUUCUUCUUCUUCGUCGUCGUCUAUCCCAUCCACCACACGCAACAUCGUGACGCAAAGCAAUCGUGCAUUAUCACAACCAAAAACACGAUCAUCGGACAACACGAACCGGCAUCGAGUGGAUAAGGAUGAUACUGGCAGCAGUAGCAAACGGGAAGAUGGAUCAGCAGCCAACAACAAGAAGCCAUCACUGGAUGAUAGCAUUUGGGAUAUUGGGAAAACUUACAAAAAGAAGGAAGCGGCUCGUGCACACAAUCCACAUACUUAUUCCAAGAAGGAUCGAGCACGCAACGCUCCUAUUCUACCAGAUACCUUUCGCAACUUUAUCAAUGAGAGCUCACAAUCACGAGAUCCAACACCAGAGCCCGCUGUUGAGAAUACCAACCAUCAGAACCCUUCAACGUCGACGCCUAAAGCACCAUCUCCUGAACCAGAGACCACUCCCAUUCAACAACCCUCUACACGCAAUGACAGCGACGUUUUCGUUAAACCAGCAGAUAUUAAACGCAAGGAGCCGUCAUCACAAGGAAGUUCAUCACAGUCAUCUCUCGAUGAUACAACCACCCAUUUCGACAAUCAGAACGAUCAUCUUCAACAUCUUCUCUUUCGAACAUCUACACCGCAUGCACACUCCUUUUGGGAUGAUGAUGACAAUGACGCUUCAGCUCUCGCAAACAUGACAUUCUCACCGAUUCGACCACGUGAUUUCUCCAUCCAAUCAACAUUGAUCAAUACACCACGUACUACCGAUACCCGACUACAACCCAUUUCAACGCCUGCUGCUAGUACUAAUACUCGUGAGGAGCAUGAAACCUAUAUGCGUGAACGUUUACGUCGACUUGAACCACCUACAUCACCUACGUUAUCCCAUACAAAACCAUCACCAGCAGCACCAACAACAUCAUCCUUGGAGAAUGAAUCACAGCAGAAACACGUGGAUCUAUUCGAUGAGCCAUCUAUCAGCGAUUCCACAACCGGAAUGACUCCUGAAGAACUGGAUUUAAGCGUCGAUCAAUUCUACAUGAACCUAUUUCAAGAAAACGCUCGACCUUUACAAUGUCUUGGUGAAGAACUUGCCUCUGCGCUCGAAACUCAAGUCAAUGAAAUGAUCAAUGUCAAUGAUGAAAAUGACAACAGCACUAGCAUGAAUGAUUGA